GAAGGAAGAGGAGACGUCACGUCACCACCGAGUCGUCUCUUUGCUCGCUCUCGCGACCAAUCCAACUCGAGAGUUGAGACUACUCUUCGCAUCUCCUCUUCCUCUCUAGUCCCAACCACCUAACCGCCCCCAAAUCUCCAAACCCUAGCUCUACCCCACCCCCACCACGCAGCCGGCCGCCAUGGCCGAGACCGUCGACGACAAGGUUGCAUACUUCCAGGCCGUCACAGGCAUCCCCGACCCUGACCUCUGCUCCCAGAUUCUCGCCGCCAACAACUGGGACCUCCAGCUCGCCGUCUCCUCCAUGACCGGCGACCCCUCCUCGCCCGAGCCGUCCACUUACGCCCCGCCGCCCCCGCCUCCGCUGGAGUCCGAUUCUAUCGCCUAUCAGCCCCCUGCGCCGGCCCCUCAGCAGCAGCAGCAGCGGCAGCAGCCGGGGAUCGCGUGGAGGCUAGUGACCCUCCCUUUCUACGUGGUCUCCGGUGGGGUCGGCCUCGUCACCGGUUCCAUCCGCCUCGGUGUCUGGGUCGCGAGCGGCGUGCUGUCCCGAUCCCUCUCCCUCCUCGGCCUCGCGCAGGGCGGCGCUGACCGCUUGCUUGAGCUGCCCCCGUCCGCCGCGGAGGCGGUUGGCUUCCUGGCCGAGUUCGAGCACGAGUUUGGGGCUGGCCGUGGCCCGCGCUUCGUCGCUGAGGGAUUUUCUGACGCGCUGCAGCGUGCGCAGCGUGAGUACAAGCUUCUCUUCGUGUACCUCCACUCCCCUGACCACCCGGCCACCCCGGCAUUCUGCGGUGGCUGCCUCUGCUCCGAGCCGGUGGCCGCCUUCAUAGAUGAGAACUUCGUUGCAUGGGGUGGUAGCAUCAGGAGGACUGAAGGGUUCAAGAUGAGCAACAGUCUGAAUGCAUCACGCUUCCCCUUUUGUGCGCUAGUCAUGGCAUCUACGAACCAGAGAAUCGUGCUGUUGCAGCAGGUUGAGGGGCCCAAAUCACCUGAAGAGAUGAUAACAAUUCUUCAAAGAGUUGUUGAAGAGUGCACUGCGUCCCUUGUUGCUGCCAGGAUUGAAGCUGAAGAAAGACUAAACAAUCAACGUUUGCGUGAGGAACAAGAUGCUGCUUACAGAGCUGCCCUUGAAGCUGAUCAGGCCAGGGAACGCCAAAGGAGAGAGGAACAAGAAAUACUUGAAAGAGAGGCUGCGGAGGCUGAGAGGAAGCGUAUAGAAGACGAGGAAGCACAAGCCAGGGCAGUCCAAGAAGCAGCUGAAAAGGAAGCCGCUCUUGCAAGGAGACGUCAAGAGAAGGCAAUGGCUCUUGGCGCUGAGCCUGAGAAAGGGCCUGACGUUACUCGGGUUCUUAUAAGAUUUCCAACUGGAGAGCGCAAAGAAAGGAGAUUCCACAGUUCCGCCACCAUUACCUCCAUAUAUGACUAUGUUGAUUCUUUGGAUUGCUUGAAAGCGGAGAAGUACAGCCUAGUUUCUAAUUUUCCGCGGGUAACAUACGGUCCCGAAAAGAACUCCCAAACGCUCGUGGAAGCAGGUUUGCACCCACAAGCAAGCCUAUUUAUCGAGAUAGAACAAUGAAUGUCCCCAAUUUUCCAAGUUAUAUGUACUGAAACUUGCAAGUAUAGGUGCUCCUUUUUUACUCUAUUUGACAAACAGUGGGGAACUUCCAGCUGUAUGGCAAUAUACUUAGACUUGACUUUUGUCGAAAUGCUGCUCUUGUGGUUAUCAUUCGUUAAAUAAAUUCACCUUCUGCCGGAUCAA